AUGAAUAUAUUAGAUUUGCAUGAAAAUAUGGGCCUGAUUCUCCAGCCUACCCCAGAGAUUGUCUUUGAUGUCUAUGGGACCCUCCCAGGUGACCAAAUUCUCUCACUGCGUCAGCAGGGACAACCCUCUUCAAGGCAGAAGCUUGCAGAGAUGCCUGUAAAGGAGGAGGUAAAACUGAUUGCAGACGAGAUGAGGAGGCUACAGAAGCAGAUUGGGAUUGCAGCAGAGAAGAGAAAGAGUUAUGGAGCCCAUGUGAAGCGGCAGUUGCAGGCCCAGCAAAAUGAAAUCAAGUCGCUGACUCAAGGACACCUAGAGGUGGCAUUAACAAUGCGCCAGAUCAUGACCAGCAGAAGCCCCAUCCUGGCUGACAGAAAUCGUGUGAAGAUCAACCGCCUCUUGCAGAUAAAAAGCCAGAACGAGGCAGUGAUUAGAGAGAGAAAAGCCCAGCUGGCUGAACUGGACAAGCAGAUACUUGAGCUGGAAAAAGAGAUUGCAAAGCAAAAGCAGAGAACAGUGAAGGCAAAGCAAGCCAAGGAUAGCAAACUGCUCCAAAAGAAGAUUGAGAUGCUGGAGAAGCGUCUCUACAACGUCACUGUCCGGUUCAAUACCAACCUUGCCAGAAAUAACAAGCUCCGUGAAGAGAUUGAAAACAUGAGGAUCCAAAAGGCUGUUUUGGACAAUGUCUAUUGGAAGCUCCAUAACAAGCUGGAGCAGCAGAGGCAAAGGAUGAACACUGCCAUGGAGCAAUGUGCAGAGGCCAAAGAGCAGCAGAUGGAGGCACUGUCAACAAUAGAUGAGAUAAAGAAAAGGAACCUCCAGGAGACUAUCCAGUACAGGGAGGAGCUGGAGAAGCUGAAAUACAUCCCCAUAAAGGAGACCAAACUGAGAAACUUCAUGGUCUCCAAAUUAACUGAUCGGUCUAGAUUGGAGGAGAAAGGCAAAAAGGAGAAAGCCUUGAAAGCAGCCGAGCGAGCCAGGAAGAGACAGUGGGAGAGCAUGGAGAGCCGGAAGGUGUGUUACAAGCUCCUUAUGGAGAUGUCAGAGGACAACGACAUUGACCAGCUCAUGAACACCUUCAUGAAAAGGGAGGACAAGAACUUCUCCAGCUUCAGCUACUCCAUCAAGUUGCAGGAUGAUGUGGAGAAGUUGAAGCAGCAGAUCAACGACGUCCAGAUGAAAAUUUCAGCCCUCACCACAGACCAGAAGCAUGCAGAGAGCGGCAGCCUUCGUGUCCUGAAAGAGCUGAAGGCGAAAUUAACGGAAACCAUAACGGAGGCCAACUUGUGUGAGGAGAACUUGAAGGAGACCAGCAAAAUCCUGGGCCAGAAAAAAUCAGACAUGGAAGCCCUGCUGAAAGAAAUCAGCGGCGACAAUGAGAUAAUAGAGCAGCUCAAAGAAACAGGGCAGAUCACCCAUCACAGCCUGGUGCAGUUUUUUGGUGUCCUGGAGAGGAUGACCAACGAGCUGCUGCUGAAGGAGUCCAUCCUACGAUAUAUAUUAGCUGAGGGCUCUGAUGAACCCCAGCCCUUCAUCAGCCCACUGCUGGGUGGCACUGGACUCACCCAGGAGACCGAUCAGACCCAGCUCCAGCUGAGGCCCCCAGCCCUGGACCGCGCUGUUGAUGUCAUCGCUGCCCUGGAAGAGCCACUGGACCACCAGCAGCUGCGCCAGCUGGUUCUGCAGAGCUACCAGCAAGGAUCGGAGCUUUGA